CUUUAAAAAAAAAAAAAAAUGUUAAGUAAUUUUAUUUUAAAGCUCCAGCUUUUGCACCCACCCCUCAGGAGACACCAGGUGCCCACACAGUGACUGACUAGAGGAGACAUGUUCAGGACAGGGUGAGAAGGGCACAGGCAGAGCAAACCCCGCACAACACCAUCCUCCAGCCCCAUGUGUCUACAUGGGAAAUAUUUUAGGGUCAGUUUGAGUGCUCCCAGCAGAGCAGAUAAUCCAUGACUUUGUCAGUGACCGCAGCGCCCACCCAGCACCGAUGGAGUACAUCAGCACACGGGGAGGCACGGGGGCCGUGGACUUCGAGGGAGCCCUCUUCUCUGGCUAUGCACCUGAUGGUGGGCUCUUCAUGCCCAGCUGCAUCCCCUCGCUGGACAGGCCCACACUGCAACAAUGGAGACACCUCUCCUACCCUGAGCUAGUAAAGGAGAUAUGUUUCCUCUUUGUCAAGCCUGAGCUGAUCCCACGUAGCACACUUAGCGAUCUGAUUGACAGGGCUUUCAGCAAGUUCAGACACAAGGAUGUUGUUCAUCUGUCCAGGUUGAAGGAUGGGCUGAAUGUUUUGGAGCUCUGGCAUGGGGUUACUUACGCUUUCAAGGAUCUGUCCUUGUCCUGCACUGGGCAGUUUUUACAGUAUUUCUUGGAGAAAAAGCAGAAGCACAUCAAUGUUCUGGUUGGGACUUCAGGGGACACAGGGAGCUCAGCAAUUGAGAGUGUGAGAGGGCAGAAGAAUGUGGACAUCUUUGUUCUGCUACCCAAAGGGUUGUGCACCCAGAUACAGGAACUUCAGAUGACCACCGUCAUUGAAGACAAUGUCCACGUCUUUGUUGUUCACGGGAACAGCGAUGAAAUCGAUGAGCCUAUCAAGGAACUGUUUGCUGAUGUCGAUUUUGCCAGAAGGAACAACCUGAUGAGCCUGAAUUCCGUCAAUUGGUCGAGGAUUAUGGUGCAGAUUGCUCACUACUUCUAUGCUUACUUUCGGUGCACCCCGACCCUGGAUAGCACCACACUGCCAGUGGUGGAAAUUGUUGUGCCAACAGGAGGGGGAGGAAAUGUCACAGCUGGCUGUAUUGCCCAGAAAAUGGGUCUUCCAAUUCAGCUGGUUGCUGCAGUUAACAGCAACGACAUCAUUCACAGGACUGUUAAAGAUGGAGAUUUCUCACUCUCAGGUCGUGUGAAGGCUACAUUAGCAUCAGCCAUGGAUAUUCAGGAGCCGUACAAUGUGGAGAGGAUCCUCUGGCUGCUCUCAGGCUCUGACAGCCUCCUGACAAAAACGCUGAUGGAACAAUUCACUGUUUCCAAAAGCCUGAAGCUGCCGGAGGGUUUGCACAGAAAGGUCAGUCCUUCAUGCCUGUUCCUCUGUGUGGAAGGAGAUUUACUAUUUCCAGUUGGUUUUGACUGGAACAGGUUGCCCAAGGAGGCUGUGGAUGCCCCAUCCCUG